AUGGUGGUUUUUCAACUUUCAGCAGAGCAAACACUUCGACACUUCUGCCUUAUUACAGCUCUACUAACAGUGGCUUUGCACGGAUGCGAUGUCGAGGUGCGGCUACGUUCAGACACCACAAAGCCGUUUCAGUUUCAAGUUUCGGCGGAAUCUGCAGGAUUCUCGAGUGAUCGUGUAACAGUGACCGGAAAAACUAUCGAAAGGCCAAAAGCAAAGGGCGGAAAUGUCAAUUACCAUGUUUUUCACGUCAGCUUUUAUUUUGUUUGUUACAUAAAAGCACCAAACUGCAACAAGAAGUACUGGCAAUUUUUCCUGUGGAAAUUGGCUCCUGGAUCGAGUCUGUCGGCACCCAAAUGGCAAGUUGCGCAUCAUAUUCAAGGAAAAGCUGAAACUUUGCCAUUAAAAUCGCUCCUCAAAUGGCAGCCAUACAUGGAUAUCACCAUCAAGGAUGACCUGAAAUUCCAUCUUGGUCCACGUCUAGGUGUUAUUUGGUGCGAUUUUUGUUGA